AUGGUAGUUGGCCUUGCCACUACUGCUUUCGCUGUCCCUCACACCUCUCGGGGUGCCUGUGAUUCAUCCUCGUUGAACAGUACCACAUUCACCUACACAACUACGUCGCAUGAUACAAUUUUCAGCAUUGCGAAAAAGUUCGACCGUGGUGCUUGCGACAUUGCCCGGGCCAACCGUAUGAUCGAUGCGGAACAUCUCUUUGCAGGAUUCACACUGCUCAUCCCAGGCCAAGUCUGCAAUCCAGACAGCAGCACUUGUCUCCUGACUAGACAGAACGCAACCGCAACAUGUGUGAAAGGUGGACCGCAUGACUACAAGACAAUUGCCGGAGAUACUGUUGAGAAGAUUGCCUUGUACAAAUUGAAUGUUACUGUGGAUACUGUUAUGAGUGAAGCUAGCGAAGCGGGGAUUUCGUCUGCGACGGAGGAGAUCCCCGCUGGGACGUUCAUCAAAGUUCGCCAAUGCGUGCCGAGUACCUGCACUAUUACUCCUUUCCACUUUACAUAUGGUGUCUACAAGGAUCUGGCAGAGAAGUUUGGAACUACUGUUGGGCAGAUCAUGUCUUUUAAUGGUGCCUAUAACUAUAGCGAUCAUUCGGACGCCGAGGCAGCUUGGAUUACUGUGCCAAUGGGAUGCACGAAUCUUGCUUUGAAUGUUACUGUGGAGAUCUAG